GGGUGUGGACUGGCUUUCGGUCACAUUGGUGUGUAUGUGAGAGAGACAGAGGCAGGGAGAGAGAGGGAGCGCGCGUGUGUGUGUGUGCGUGUGUGUGUGUGGAGAGAGAGAGAGAGAGAGAGAGAGAGAGAGAGAGAGAGAGAGAGAGAGAGAGCACUCCAGGUUGGCGCAGGCACCGGUCCGGGAGAAAGGAGCGUUGUGCACGGCGGCAGCAUGGCUUCGUCUCACGGGAGAAGCGACCUGCGGUUCGCAGACUGGAUGGCAAGUUUACCGCAGAGCAUGCACACCAUCCCGCUCACCAACCUGGCGAUUCCCGGUUCCCAUGAUUCCUUCAGUUUCUACAUCGACGAGGCGUCUCCAGUGGGGCCCGAGCAGCCGGAGACGGUGCAGAACUUUGUUUCUGUUUUUGGCACGGUGGCCAAGAAGUUAAUGAGGAAGUGGUUAGCUACACAGACUAUGAACUUCACCAGCCAACUGGAGGCUGGGAUCCGCUUCUUUGACCUGCGCAUCUCUACCAAGCCCCGUGACCCCGACAAUGAGCUGUACUUCGCCCACGGGCUCUUCAGUGCCACGGUCAGAGAAGGUCUAGAGCAGAUCAGUAGUUUUCUGUCGGCUCACGCCAGAGAGGUUGUGUUCCUGGACUUCAACCACUUCUACGGUGUGCAGAACCUGCACCAUGAAAAACUGGUGGCCAUGUUAAAAGAGGUGUUUGGAGACAAACUCUGCCCAGUUGUCUUCGCUCAGGAGGUGACUCUGCAGUAUCUGUGGGAGAAGGAGUAUCAGGUGCUGGUCUUCUACCACCACCCCAUGGCCCUGGAGGUGCCCUUCCUGUGGCCAGGCCAGAUGAUGCCCUCUCCCUGGGCCAACACCACCGACCCAGAGAAGCUGGUUCAGUUUCUCCAGGCGUCUGUCACUGACCGCAGGAGGAAGGGGACGUUCUUUGUCUCCCAGGUGGUUCUGACGCCAAAGGCCAGCACUGUGAUGAAGGGCGUGGCUAGCGGAUUAAGAGAGACAAUCACAGAAAGGGCUUUGCCUGGCAUGAUGCAGUGGAUCAGGUCGCAGAGACCCGGGGAGAGCGGAAUCAACAUCAUCACAGCCGACUUUGUGGAACUCGGAGAAUUCAUCAGUGCCGUCAUCACCCUCAACUAUCACCUGGACGAAGAUGACGAUGACGCCACCUGAGAGCCUGCGGGGCGGGGUGGGGGUGUCAGAGAGCAAAGUCACCAGUGGCUGGGUCUGUGCUCUCACUCUUUUCUCUUUGGCAUUUAUUUCAGGAGGGAGCUGCACUGCUCCUUUCACUUUAUUUAGGGCUAUAGUGAAUUGAGAGAUCAAACGGAAAAGGGGGCUGAGGGAAGACAAGCUGAGAUUGGUAGAAACAACACUGAUGUUUGGUUUGAGCAAAGAGAUGAGAUUUUGUUUGUUUCCUAUUUUUAGGGAUCAAAAUGUUUGGUUUUUUUAUUUCAAGAGAGAUGUUAAUUUUCUUUACUUCCUGUGCUGUAAAAAAUAACUGCUUUUUUCACUGAUUUAAUGCACUGUUUCUAGGCUUACUACUUCAUCAAGGGUAGAUUCCUCAGAGCAUAUCAACAUUCUGCUAAAUGUAUUGGUACAUCAUUCUUGAUAUUCUAGUGACAGUGACAGUUUUUCUUUCUGAGGUUGUUUUAAAUGAGUCUGUGUAUCUGAAACCACUCAAAUUAUAGGCCAGUGUAAGUAGCUAGCAGUUGUUUGUCUUGUUUUGGAAAAUGUGUCUGAGAGAAAUUUUUUUUCUCUCUCUCCAUCCCUGGUCACGUCUCUGCGGUUGUUUCUUAAAACACCUCCAGCAGCUUGAAUACUGAGUGUGUUUAAAGAGCAUUAUUACAAGGUGUUUACUCUGUACACAGACAAGAAAUGAACAAUUUUCCAUUCCCAGCAGUGAUCUCUCAUGGGGUUCUCUCCCAGUAAUAGUCUCCAAUGAAGUCACAUUGCAGCCUAAACAUUGACCAGACACCAUUGAUCAGCCAUUGAUUCACCUCUUUAUUUGAAACCAUCGAGAGAUAGAUAUAGAGAGCAGCUUGCCUACCCAAGAAAAAAGCACCAGUCAUGUUACAUGUACUUAAUCUUUUGAGAAUCUUGAUUAAACAAACACUUUCACAUUGUCAGUGUGCUUAAAAUUUCAAGACCAGUAUUGGCUGCCACUGCAAGGUACAGAGUUAUUGAAAAAAAGCAUUUUUAUCAAGGACAGCUAGAAAUGCAAUCAGUAUUACCAGUCAUUUCUAAUGGGUAGGCAUCCAGUGUGACAAAUGUGUUGGAUUAUGUGGUGGGUGCUGAGUCGUGAUAGCCAAGUAUAAAAAUACAGUACAUCUGGAUAUAAGAGUGUAUCCACUGUCUGUGGUUCCUCUGCUGAAUGCUUGCCCCCCCAUAUGUGCAUCUAUGGUUACUGCUGUAGUGCAGUAUAUAUGAGUCAUCACGAGAUGUAUCAUCAGUGUUGUAUCUUUCAUAAUAACAAGUGAUAAAGUUGUUUGAUGCUCACUCUGAGACCCAUUUUAUUUCAAGUUAGAAAAGGUUAAACAUCAUAAUUAAGAGUCAGGGGGUCUCAAUGUAACGCAGGUGAUUUCACACUAGGAAAAUAGUACAGUAAAUGUUUAGUUAAGGUCUAGGUGUAACUCUUUGGUGUCUACUUUAUUAGGUGUUAUAUGUUUCUGAAUGUUUCUGAAUCCCUGAAAUUCUGCUAUAUCAAUACUGGUGCAAUACAUUUAGUACUUAGUUUCUUUUAUGUAUGUUUAAUGCAUUUCAUUCUUUACCCUGCAGUGUCUCACUUAAAAUGGAAAGGUACGUUGACAUGACACCCAGAAAGGCAAUGGAAAUAUUUUUAUUGCAAGGGUUUACACAUUAUGCAUGAAAAAAAAUCACAUAGUAGUCAAACAUCCACACACCUUAUGAUCAGUGUGGCAUUUUCUGCAGAGAAUGUAUUCUGUAAGGACAUUGUUGUCUAGUUUGGUAAUGUAAAGCCAAAAACAGGAAACUCAACUCUUUGGAUUUGUGAAUGUAUGUGUCUUGUGAGUAACUGUGCCAUUUCUAAAAGUCUCAUGUGAUCGAGUGACUGAGUAUCAGCUAGAAAGUCAUGUUUGUAUCGUAUGCUUAAAUGUGAAAAUGAUUUCAAGUUUUAGAGUUCAAGCAGUACUUCUUUGACUUCAGUGUGGUUUCAUGUUAAACUGUUUUAUAUCGUGGAGAGUUUGUACAUACUGUAAUUGCAAAUAGUAUACUGCCGAUAAAUUGUAAAUUAUUAUAAUUAUUGCGAAGAGUCAUUGACAAGAAUUUCUUAACUUACUGCUUCUUGUUUUUCAUAUUUAUUUGGUACUUCACUUUUGUGCAUGAACCAAAAACUUCUACAUAUACUUUACAAGGGUUCAUGAGGUUUGUGCAUAACUUUGGUUAUUUUAUGCAUAUUGUUCUUUAGAGCAUGGGUGCAUCUCAGCUGGAAAUGUUUUUACCCUUUAAAACAAAUCUCCAGAUUAAUUUAUUUUUUAAAUGUUGCUCUGCUACUACCCCAUACAGAUUAAGGAUGAACCCACACAAAUGAGCGGACUUGAAAAGGCUCGCAAAUUGUGGUGUAAGGACAUUUGUGUCUUCCCUGGUCCAAAACUGUUGUCAUUGCCUUUAUGUUCUGGUGUGAAAAGAGUCCCUUGCUGUUGUAAAACUCAAAAACCUUCGUUCCAAUGAAAAGUGACUCUGUUCUAAGUGGAAAAUGGCCGAUCAAAUAAAGCUUCUAUGCCUACUGAG